AUGUCUCAGCAAGAUUCGUCUCCAAAGACGAAAUCAAAACCCUUGAGAGAGCCUCCCCCAGCUUUAUUCUUGGGGCCUCCUUCUCAAAAUGCAUCUCACGUAUCGCUACCAGGUUUACCAACAGUAGCGCCUCCAACAAGUACUGCUCAGAAUUCUUCGCUGAAUCCAAGUCGUGCGCCGUUGAUCCGCCAGAGAUCACUCCGGAUGCCGCCCACACGAUCGAGUGAUGGGGCUCCAGAAUCUCUCUUAGGGUCGAAUUUACCUAGACCCGCUCUGACGAGACAGCAACAGGAGUCGGAAGGGAAGAGACAGGCUGAUAGAACCGAUGCGUUAUGGGCUGAGAUGCAGGGUACGCUGGAGGAGGUUGAGUUGAGUGCAGUCAAUGGAACACACGUCUUUGGACCUGAGCAUGGAAAGGCAUUGGAUGAACUGAGGUCGGCGCAAAUUGGACUUGCGCAGGCUUGGGCAAGAAGUGAGGCCGACGAGGCCGUGGAAGGAACAGACAAGGAAAGCAAAGUAAAGGGAGGGUUGACACUGGGUAGUGAAGGCAGAAGCGCCCUGGAAGCGGUUGGAAGUACGGUUACAGGAAGUAUACGACCCGGGAGUAGCAGUGGUGGUAUUGCUGCUGCUGAGAGGAGAGGAAGCAAGUUGGAGGAAGAAACCGAAGCGGACGUCCUCCUGGCACGCAAAAGGCGAGAAGCCAAUGAUCGAUACUUUCAAAGAGUCAACGCUGGGGUCCUGGACGUCGUUGCUAAACUAGAGGAAGUUGCUGCUGCUAUGAGAGCGGUUGAGCAAGAGAGUAGGGACAUAUGGGGUGAAAGCGAGAGUGCAGCGACAAGCAUUCGUAACGAGUAA